AUGGAUCAAAACGCCGUCUAUCAACUCUUUGUGUCCACUUACCAUCCCGAUCCGAACGUGCAUAAACAAGCAGAGCUCAACAUUCGUAAUAUUGAGACUCACAAUGGCUUCCUCCCGAUUGUCCUUCAAAUUUUGGCUUCUGAGGAACUUGAACUCGGUGCACGCCAAGCUGCUGCUAUCUACUUUAAGAAUCGUAUGAACAAGGCUUGGGAUCGAUCCAGAGAAGUCGCCAACCCUAUCAAUGAGGAUGAUCGUAACAUGGUGAAGCAAUCGAUUCUUCAAGCUCUUUUAAGAGCACCUAGUGCUGUGCAAGUACAAUUGACUUCCUCGCUCAAUACGAUCCUCAGCAACGAUUUCCCUGAUCAAUGGCCCAAUUUCGUCAACGAGGUGCAAGGUCUUCUCACUUCCCAAGAUCCCCGCAUGGUUUAUGUUGGAUUGUUAUCAUUGCGUGAAGUUGUCAAGGUCUACCAAUGGAGCACUCAAGAACGUCGUGAUCCUCUCAAGGAAAUUGUCAAGCACGUUUUCCCUACUAUCCAAUCGAUUGCCAACAACUUGGUCUCCAUGGAUACAAUUGAGGCUGCAGAGAUGCUCAAACUCGCAUUGAAAAUCUAUCAUGCUGGUAUCCAGGUGGAUUUGCCAAAAUGUCUUCAAGAAACUUCUUCGUUGGUUGGAUGGGGUACCAUGUUCUUGCAGCUUGUGGAUAAAAAGAUUCCCUUGGAGGCCUUGCCAUCAGAUCCCGAGGAACGUGAAAAGUACCCAUGGUGGAAGACCAAGAAAUGGGCAUACCACUGUUUGAAUCGUCUUUUCAGCAAGUAUGGCAACCCUGCUCUUUUGGCUCCUUAUUCUUCAAGCAAAUACAUGGGCUUUGCAAAGGGAUUCAUCACCAAUUUUGCUCCCAACAUCCUCCAAACCUAUCUCAAGCAAAUUGAAGGAUGGAUCAAAAAGGAAAACUGGAUGACUGCAAAGUGUUUGGCAUUGUCGGCCGCAUUCUUCGGUGACAGUAUCAAGCACAAGAUCACUUGGCAAAUCAUCAAGCCAUACACUGAGACUUUGGUUGCCCACUUUAUUUUCCCUCAGCUUUGUUUCUCGCAGGAGGAUGAGUCAUUAUGGGAAGAGGAUCCUGUGGAAUAUGUGCACAAAAAGAUUGACCCAUUGAUGGAUUUCGACUCACCACAAACGAAUGCCAUCAACUUGUUGAUUGACCUUGCACGUGAUCGCAAGAAGCACACCUUUAUGGGCAUCUUGAACUUUAUCAACAGCGUAUUGACUCGAUACUUGGAGACUCCUGAUGAGCAAAAGAAUGGACGUGAAAAGGAUGGUGCUUUGUGUAUGAUUGGAUGUCUUGCCCACCAGGUGCUUCGCCAAAAGUCUCCAGUUGCCAACAUGAUGGAGCCUUUCUUUGUGACGCACGUAUUCCCCGAGUUCAAGAGUCGAUUCCCCUAUCUCCGUGCUCGUGCGUGUGACAUGACCCGCCACUUUAGCGAUCUUGACUUUGCCAACGAACAAAACUUGGCCACAUUGUACCAAAACGUCCUUGACUCGUUGCGUGAUCCCGAACUUCCUGUCAAGGUGCAAGCUGCAUUGGCACUUCAACCCAUGAUUCGUCACGAGAGCGUGCGUAACGCCAUGGCACCCAACUUGCCAUUUAUCAUGCAAGAACUCCUCAACUUGACCAACGAGAUCGAUAUUGAUACUUUGGCCAACGUCAUGGAAGAAUUUGUCGAAGUGUUUGCUGAACAAUUGACUCCCUUUGCUGUUCAAUUAUGUACUCAACUUCGUGACACUUUCCUUCGUAUCAUGGAAGAGCUUGCACAAGCCAACCAACAAGCUAUGGGCGAUGAUGGAUCCUUCAAUGGUGAUGUGGAUGAGAUGAGCGACAAGACCAUGGCUGCAAUGGGUGUUCUCAAGACCAUUGGUACCUUGAUUCUCAGCUUGGAAAGCACCCCUGAUGUCCUUCAGCAACUUGAAAAUGCCUUGUUGCCUGUUAUCACUUAUACGCUCGAGAACAAGGUGAUGGAUCUCUUUGAUGAAAUCUUUGAAAUCAUUGAUUCUUGCACUUUCUCCGCCAAGCGUGUCACUCCUACCAUGUGGAGCGUGUUUGAACUCAUCUACAAGGCAUUCAAGGAUUCCGGUAUUGAUUACAUGGAUGAAAUGUUACCACCCUUGGACAACUACAUUUCUUAUGGCCGAGACGUCUUUGUAUCCAAUGAACAAAUUCAGCACAUGGUCUAUGAUAUCAUUGAUACCGUCAUGAAGAGCGACCGUCUUGGAGAGCACGAUCGUGUUUGUGCAUGCAAAUUGAUGGAGUCGGUGUUGCUUAACUGCCGUGGUCAUGUUGAUAACUGCAUUGGUCCUUUCCUCAACUUGGCAUUCCAAUAUAUCUUUACUGGUUCCAUGAAGACAACCGAGUUCCGUGUGCACUGCUUGGAAGUGGUUAUCAACUGCCUUUACUAUAACCCUGGUUUGACAUUGCGCUUGCUUGAAGAAAACCAAUGGACCCAAGGCUUCUUCACUUUAUGGUUCAAUGAAUUGGAAAAGUUCUCCCGUGUCCACGACAAGAAGUUGGUCAUUGUUGCCUUGUGUGCCCUUUUGGAGCUUCCUGCUGAUCACAUUCCUGCAUCAUUACAAGCUGGUUGGUCCCAAGUGUUGACCGGCGUCCUCAAUGUUUUCAAGAGCUUGCCCAAGGCCAUUGAAAAUCGCGAGCAAAUGGAAAAGUUGUAUAGUGAUGGUUUUGAUGAUGAAGAAUUUGAUGGCGAAGAUUUGAGCGGUGCUGAAGGAGGUAGCGUGGAUGGUGACGACGACGACAACGGUGAUGAAGAUGUGGUGGAUGAGGAUGCCGAGUAUCUUGAAUUCCUUGCACAACAAGCUGCCAGCAAUAACAGCGAGUCCGAGUUUGACGACUUUGAAAGUGAGAUCGAGGAAGAAUUAUUGUUCGAGUCGCCUUUGGAUGAGAUUGAUCCUUAUAUCCGCUUUGGCGAGGUCUUUAAGAAUAUGCAGCACAACAACCCUGCAUCCUACACUCUGUUAACCAAGGACUUGGAUGCUGAACAACAACAAGUCAUUAUGGGCAUCAUGUCAACAGCUGAUCAGCAUGCUCAACAACAACAACAACAUCCUACCGCUUAG